CCGCUUCAUCCUGUUUGCUUGAGAAAAACUCUUUCACUUCGUCUCCUCAGGUGCACCAGAGCUGCACAAAAUGCAAGCCGCCGGGCAUUCAGCAAGGAGAAACCGGUAGACUUGUGACGCAUAUUAAUUUCUGACGCAGAAUCAUAUAGAAAGCGACUGGACUUUAUAUCCACGACUCAGUGAGGACAAAUAACUAGCCCGUGUUUGAAGUGUGUGUGUGAGUGCUCGCGCAGUCUCACUGCCGACGAAUUACAUUACCGCACGUUUGAACCGCACAGGCUCACCUUUCAGCGCUUAUUGGGGUGUCCCUAAGGACAUGAGGUGGUUUAGCAGCACAAUCAUGCCAAGGUUGAGCCCGUGAUUGAGUAGCAGUGCUCCAGGCCCCGUCUGAGCCUCCAGCACCCCAUCAGACAGCUGCAGCAUGUCUAGUUCAGGCUUUCCCCCCAGCCAGGGGUCCUUCAGCAGCGAGCAGAGCCGCUACCCGCCUCACUCAGUCCAGUACACUUUCAGCUCCACACGCCACCCGUCUGAAUUCCCGGUACCUGACUACCGUACCCCUCUGCAGGACCAGCAGCGCCGCAGGCCUUCGCUACUAUCCGAAUUCCACCCUGGGACUGAGAGGCCACCGGAGCGCAGACAUGGUUAUGAGCAACAGUUUCAUGCUGUCCCAGCUCAGCAGGAGCAGGAGACUCUCGAGGCCAAGCGCCCCCGCAUCGAGAAUGUAUCGGAAACGCACUUUCCACGAGCUCAACCCACUGGCAUUGUACUGCCCCCUCCACAGACCAUACAGGACAGCAUUAAAAUCACUGGAGACAUCAAGAAGGAAACCCAGUUUAGUGUGAAGGUGGAGGCCUCAUCCCCAGGUGGAGUUCCACAGGUGGGUGAGGAUGCAGACACAUCGCCCUCCAAACUCUCCAAGGAGGAGCUGAUUCAGAGCAUGGACCGAGUUGACCGUGAGAUUGCCAAGGUCGAGCAGCAGAUUUUCAAACUGAAAAAGAAACAGCAACAACUGGAAGAGGAGGCAGCAAAGCCAGUAGAGCCAGAAAGGCCUGUGACACCUCCCCCUGUGGAACACAAACAUCGCAGCAUCGUCCAGAUCAUUUAUGAUGAAAACCGGAAAAAGGCAGAAGAAGCCCAUAAGAUACUGGAGGGGUUGGGGCCUAAAGUGGAGCUGCCUCUGUACAACCAGCCAUCUGAUACUAAAGUCUACCAUGACAACAUUAAGACGAAUCAGAUGAUGAGGAAGAAACUGAUCCUUUUUUUCAAGAGGAGGAACCAUGCACGCAAACAGAGGGAACAGAAAAUUUGCCAGCGGUAUGAUGAGUUAAUGACAGAGUGGGAGAAAAAAGUUGAGCGAAUGGAAAACAACCCACGCCGUAAAGCUAAGGAGAGCCGCACACGUGAAUACUACGAGAGGCAGUUUCCUGAGAUCCGCAAACAGCGUGAGCAACAGGAACGCUUCCAGAGGGUGGGCCAGAGGGGGACAGGCCUGUCUGCCACCAUUGCCAGAAGUGAGCAUGAGAUAUCCGAGAUCAUCGAUGGCCUCUCUGAGCAGGAGAACAAUGAGAAACAGAUGAGGCAGUUGUCCGUCAUUCCUCCAAUGAUGUACGAUUCCGAACAGCGGAGAGUGAAGUUUAUCAACAUGAACGGUCUGAUGGAUGACCCAAUGAAGAUCUACAAAUCCCGCCAGUUUAUGAAUGUCUGGACCGAACACGAGAAGGAGAUCUUCAGGGAAAAGUUUGUGCAGCAUCCAAAAAACUUUGGGCUCAUCGCUUCAUUUUUGGAGAGAAAGUGUGUGUCUGAUUGUGUGCUCUACUAUUAUUUGACUAAGAAGAGUCAGAACUAUAAAACUCUUGUCAGACGAAAUUUUGGUAAUCGCCGACGAAGAAAUCAGCAGAUAACGCGGCCAUCACAGGAAGACAAGACAGACGAGAAGAACGAAGAGGACAAAUCGGAGAAAUCAGAGAAGAAAGAGGACGAGGAGAAGAAGGAAGAGGAGGAGAAAGAUGAAAAAGAGGACUCUAAGGACAUCGGUAAAGAUAAAGAGAAGUGUGAGGGAGAGGAGGAAGAGGGUAAGGAGCAAAGCACGACACGUGGCCGAAAGACCGCCAACAGCCAGGGACGCCGUAAGGGCCGCAUCACCACCCGCUCCAUGGCCAAUAAUGAAGCUGCUUCUGUGGUGGCAGAGGAACCACCUGCACCACCACCUGAACCAGCUCUGCCAGAGCCCACACCCCCCUCUAAACCUGAGCCAGUGCAGAAACCAGCACGAGAGCCUGCAAAACCCUCUCCCGCAGCCAGUGCAGAGGCACGAGGCGCAGUUGAAGCUGGAGAGACGUCUCGCUGGACGGAGGAGGAGAUGGAGAUCGCCAAAAAAGGGCUGGUUGAACAUGGUAGGAACUGGUCAUCCAUUGCUAAGAUGGUAGGCACUAAGAGUGAGGCUCAGUGUAAGAACUUUUACUUCAACAACAAGAGACGAUACAACCUAGACAAUCUACUACGGCAACACAAGGUACAGGGUUCCCGGCGACUCCGUGGAAUUCGAGACCCAUCACAGAGCGAUCCUGCACCUGAUGAUGAUGAGGAGAGCGACGGUCCCGAUAAUAGUUCGGACACAGAGAGUGCACCAUCUCCAUCUCAAACUGAUCCCUCCAAAUCAGACGCGCCAACUCAUCCCAACUCUGCUCUGGAUGGAAUGUCAGACCAGGAAGUCACGGCAGCAAAAGGCUCAGUGGCAGAUGCCAAGUGCCAGGAGUCUCUGUACGGCGAGCUACAGGUGAAAGUAGAGAAGAGUCCAGAAGGAGGAACUGGAGACGGGCUUCCUCAGGAUGAGCGCACACGCUCUGCAUAUGAAAUGCAGAUCCAUCCAAAAAGUGAGCCGCAAGAUGUGGAGAUGACUGCUCCAAGCAGUGAAAGAGCGCAGGUGCAAGUGAAGAUGGAGCCGGAGGUUAAAGACAAGGAGGAGAAACAGGCGGAGCAACACCACUCCGAUAAUGACUCUAGCGCCACCUGUAGUGCAGAUGAGGAUGUGGAGGCUGAACCUGACCGACAAAGACUUUUCUCUUUGGACAAGCCAUCAUUGCUUGGCACUGCAGGCUCAGUGGUUGUGUCCUCAGCCAAAUUCCUCAACAUGCAGCAGCUACAGCAGCGGGCCGCCACCAUCCCCCCUAUGGUCAGUCCCCAUAGCCUCUACCCCCACUUAGCAUUCAGAUAUGCCCCUCUGGACAGAGACAGGGCCCAGCCACCCCGCCACGUUUCAGCUCCAUAUGGUCACAGCAGCGUUCCCGGAGGGCCGUUGAGUGGCUUUGCUAUGUUCCAGCACCAAAUCAAAGCUGUACAUGAGUCUGUGCAAGACGACAAACAGAGACUGGAUCAGAUCGAGUCUGACCGCAGGCCACGAGUCACCACCCACAGCCCCACUGUAGUGGACCGAGAAGGUAAGCCAUUUACUUACAUGCCAUAUGACUUGAAGCUGAUGGAGCAGGAAUCUCACGGUGGAGCGGGCAGACCGGGGUCUCCAUACAGACUCUCUCCUCGCGAGCCUAGCAAAGCCUCACCCCAGCCUGACCCCAGUAAUGCCACCCGCUACAGUGUACCUCCAGUUCUUCAGCCGGCACCAAACCAGGCAGUUCAGAAUCUUUCAGAUGUUCGCAUGACGUUUUCCCGUCAUAGGCCGCCCAACAUUCCUUCUCCUCCACCCCUCAUUCCCACCUCCAAACCCACCGACAAGCCUUCCUUCAUUCAGGGAGGCUCCAUUUCACAGGGAACGCCAGGAACAUACCUUCCUUCUCAAACACACGCUGUGUACGUACCAGAGGUAGUCAAGGCCACAGGGGGGUCGAUCUCUCUCGGUUUACCAAGACAGCAGGACCCUGCUAAACCUGUGUCAUAUAUUAAGCAGGAAGAGUGUUCUCCACGUGGACAGAGUGCUCAGGCUGAGGGUCUCUUAUCUAGAACUCAGUAUGAGGGAGUCGUCAGAGGACCCAUACAGAUUGCAGACAUGAGAGGGCCACCUGGAAAAGGCACAGAAGCCUUGACUUUCAGAGGAGGCUCCAUUACACAGGGCACUCCAGCCCUGAAUCAGUCCAAUGUAGCAGCGGAUCUGUUGAAAGGCACUAUUGCUAAACUGGCCACAGAGGACCUGAGCAGCCCAGAGAAGAGCCGAGCUGAUGCUCAUUCUAAACCUCACGUUAUCUACGAAGGCAAAAGUGGACACAUCCUCUCUUUUGAUGGUCAGAACCAGAACUGCUUCCUUUCUGCCGUUAAGAACCCUAGAGAGGGCACUAGAAGCCCACGAAUGGGGCAUGAUCUCAAGCGCACAUAUGACAUCAUGGAGGGGUCCCGUGGACACCCAACACGUGAAGCAGCGCCUUAUGAAGGUUUGAUCAGCAGAGCAUUGCCAAGAGAAAAUCCUCACGAGUCUAAGGAUCGAGCCAUACUCGCAGGAUCUAUCAUGCAAGGAACACCAAGAGCCUCUGCUGAAGUGUAUGAUGAGGCCUCCAAGUACAUUAAACAGAUAAAGAGGGAAAGUCCACCCAUACGCUCUUUUGAGGGAGGCAUCACAAAGGGUAAACCGUAUGAGGGAGUUAACACCAUAAAGGAGAUGGGCCGCUCAAUUCAUGAGAUUCCUCGUAAGGAGACUCAAGAUAGUCGUAAAACUCCUGUUCUGGAAGGAUCCAUUAAUCAGUGUGCAUCUCUGCAGGGUAUUCCUCUGAAGUACGAGAGCAGUACUGUGAACCCGUCAGCUAUCAAGCACAAUGUUAAAUCUCUGAUCACAAGCCCAGUGAAGAUCUCCCACUCUGCCAUUGAAGCAGCUGAGCGCGAGAGGGCCGAGUACGAGGAUGCGAAGGCAUCCGAACGUGUCCGGCACACCUCUGUAGUGAACUCCACAUCUGUCCUGCGCUCCACACACACAGAAGCGGGAAAAUCUCAGCUGAGUCCAGGCAUGUAUGAGGACAGCAAUGCACGCAGAACCCCAACAUACACCAGCACCUCCAUAUCUAGAGGAUCACCUCUUCUGCGAGGGCAAGAUGGAAGUAUAACAACAGGUAAACCAGCUUCUCAUGAGAGGAAGAGCACACUGACUCCAACCCAGAGGGACAGUGUUCCAGCCAAGUCACCUGUGUCUGGGGGUGAACCUCUUGCUUCGCACAGCCCGUUUGACCCCCACCAUAGACCUGUGGUUCCUGGAGAGGUGUACCGGACUCAUCUACCACCACACCUGGACCCCAGCCUGGCUUUUCACCACAGGGUCCUCGACCCAGCGUACAUGUUCCCACGGCAACCGUCACCAACCGGUUAUCCCAACACAUACCAGCUGUACACCAUGGAAAACACUCGGCAGACCAUUCUGAACGAUUACAUCACCUCGCAGCACAUGCAUGGCACGAGGGGGCUGUCACCACGGGAACCGUCCAUUGCCAUCCCAUACCCACCAGCUAGAGGAAUAAUUGAUCUAGCCCAGAUGCCACCUACCAUCCUGUUACCUCACCCUGGGGGGACAGGUUCCCCCUCCCUGGACCGCAUCACCUACAUCCCUGGACCUCAGACCCCUUUCCCUCCUAGGGCAUUCAACCCUGCCUCCAUAUCUCCAGGACAUCCUGCCCAUCACAGUGCCACUGCAGCUAUUGUGGAAAGGGAGAGAGAGAGUCAGAGAGAAAAGGAUCGCGAGAGAGAGAGGGAAAGGGAGCGGGAGCGUGAAAGAGAUCAGAGAGAACGGGAACGCGCCGCAGUAGAAUAUAUGCGUGGAGGUUCUGAGCAACCAGGCCGACCAGGCAGCCGUAGUUUUCUGCGUUCCACUUCACCCUCUAUGAGAUCACAGGAGGGUGUCCUCCAACAACGUCCGAGCAUCUUCCAGGGCACCAACUCCAAGAGCGUCAUUACACCACUCAUGCAAAUGCCCUCACAAGCAGCUGCAGCUCAAGCCAGCCGAUACAACAAUGCAGCUGACGCCCUCGCUGCUCUGGUAGAUGCUGCUGUCUCUGCCCCGCAGAUGGAUGUUGGGAAAGUCAAGGAGGGCAAGCAUAAUAACAGUAGCUCCCGGGAUGAUGACAUGAUGACAUCACGACGGGCAGCGCAGGAGGCACAAGAGAUGGAGCGCCGUUCCAUGCAGUCACCAUAUGGGGACGUGUCACUUCCUAGUGGGAAACCUUCCCAUCCUGUGUAUGCAGAGGGUGGAGGAGCUGCGGGGAGCAAAGAGAAAGCCAGUCAAGCCAAGUCACGCAUGGAGGAGGAGCUACGUACACAUGGGAAGACCACCAUAACGGCUGCAAACUUUAUUGAUGUCAUCAUCACGCGCCAGAUUGCCCCAGAUAAGGACUCCCGUGAGAGAGGCUCACAGAGCUCAGACUCCUCCAGCAGCAUGUCAUCCAGUCGUUAUGAUGCUCAGGGUGGAAUUGAGGUGAUCAGCCCAGCUAACUCUCCAGCCCUAAGAGAAGAGAAGAACGAAGGAUCUUUCCCAUCAGAAAAGAGCUCAGGAUUAAGGUUUGACAUUAACCGGUUAAGACAGUCAGGAGAUUCAGGACCUUCUGCACCUCAACAGCCCCCCUCCUCACAAGCAGACAGUUAUGGGCCCGUCCCGAAAACUCACCGCAUCAUGACCCUCGCUGACCAUAUUUCGCAUAUCAUUACACAAGACUUUGCCAAGAGCCAAGAUCCUUCUUCAUCAUCCAGCUCACUGCCUUCCUCUUCAUCUUCCUCCUCGCUCUCCUCCGCUUUCCAAAGCUCUGGUGUGGGAAGUGUUGUAGGUCGAGUUAAACCCCCUAACCGCUAUAGCCCAGAAAACCCAGCUCCUACUGCACAUCACCAGAGACCACCAAGCAGAGUAUCUCCUGAGAACCCCUCAGAUAAAUCAAGAUCCAGGCCAGGUAGAUCUCCUGAUCGAGGACGAGGACCAGAGAACUAUGAGCCCAUCUCUCCUCCUCAGGGUUAUUCUGGGCUGGAUAAACAGGAAGCCACUGUAGUGCAGAGUCAGAGACGAGAGCAGGAUCUCCCUGAACAGAGGACUGACUCACGAUCACCAGGCAGCAGCAGUUACCUCCCCUCAUUCUUCACCAAACUGGAAAGCACAUCUCCUAUGGUUAUGUCCAAAAAGCAGGAGAUCUUCCGGAAGGCAGAUGUCGGUAAUGCUCAGCCAGGCACAGAGAUCUUCAAUCUCCCAGCAGUAACAACGUCGAGCAGUGUAAACCCUAGAAACCACUCGUUUAGUGAUCCAGCCAGUAAUCUGGGUCUGGAGGACAUCAUCAGGAAGGCUCUGAUGGGAAACAUGGAGGAGAAGCAAGACGAGCCUCAGCAGCAGCAAGCACAGCUGGGAACAGGAAACAGCUCAGGAAGCAUGAGCAGUAUUUCAGACGGCCGACAGGAAGCCAGCCCAUCUCCUAACACAGCAGGAAAGCAGAAGCUUCAGAGCAAAGCUAGCAGCAGGAAGUCGAAGUCUCCUAACCCAGGCCAAGCGUACUCUGUCGUAGAGCGGCCCUCUUCUGUGUCCUCCGUUCAUUCGGAGGGCGAUUACCACAGACAGGCUCCCACCUGGGCUUGGGAGGACCGGCCAUCGUCCACAGGUUCCAUGCAGUUCCCCUAUAACCCCUUGACGAUGCGCAUGCUCAGUAGUACUCCUCCCACCUCCAUGGCCUGCCCAUCUCCCUCCAUGCAGUCCCAGCAGCAGCAGGGUGGCACCACGGGCCCCGUGGCCUCAACACGUGCAUGGGAGAGAGAGCCACCGCUGCUGUCAGAGCAGUACGAGACCCUCUCGGACAGUGACGACUGAGGCAGGUGAUCACCUCCCUCUUCUACGCAAGCAUCCACGCCCCUCUCCUGUUCACCAUCGCCCUUCUUUCGCUGUCUUUUAUGAAUCCCGCUCACUGCCAUUUGAGAGUGAGAUUCUGCCGGGAAGGAGGAUGUACGUUUGGUGCUACUUUGGUGCCCAUUGGUGGUCAGAGAGAGCAUUGCAGAGAGCCACUGAUUUUCAGGAUUAAAUCCAAUGCUUUUUGUUUUUGUUUUUUUAUUCUCUCUUUUUUUUUUGGCCCAUUUGGGGACGAGAACUAGACAAAUCCCAAGUGAAUAGAGACGCGAACAUCAAAAGGAUGAAGAACUUGUAAAGAGACUUGUUUGCUGAAAAUUUGUUUCUGUAAAGAUUUUUUGUCUUUAAAAAAAGAAAAAUCAAUGUCUGUAAAUAGAGUAACCUUUUGCAGUGUUUUUCCUUUAACUCGUUUUUCGUUUUUUGUUUUUCUGCAUUUUAACAUUGCUUUUUAAAUCUAUCCCAGUUGGAUGGAUCGGUGGGUGCAGAUUUUUGUGGUCAGUCGGGUGAAGAGCAUCGAGCUUCCAGCAUCUGAAAGUAAUGGUCUGAACGAAACUACUCCAAAUGAAACGCAAAAAGGACUUCAUUAGCUUUUUCCCUCCAGAUGCGGACCCUGCCUGUGCAGCACUGUUGAGAUGUUCUGUGCCCUGAUACUUCAGGGAGGAAGUCACGAUCUUUACAGGAGGACGAGACAUCAGCCUUUUCUGGUGUAGCUUAUCUGAUUCACUUCAGACAAGAGAUGUAUGUUUCUUCUGUUUUUCUCUCUUUUUCUUUUCAGAUCGGUUCUAGUCUUCAGUAGUGGCCUGCUGCAGAUCUGUUCAGAGCGUUUAUCCCUGCGGUUGAAUGUCUGACAGUUUGACAUGUUGCCAUUUUUAUUUUGUGGUUGUUAACUUUUCUUCUUCUUCUUCUUCUUCUUUUUUUUUUUUUUUUUAAUAUAGAGGUUGUACAUGGUCCGCCACCCCUCCCCAGAAACCUUUUUGCUUUUAGAAGAUGAAUUUGUUUCUGGAGGAACAUACUUGUAAAUCCUCUUUUACUAAUCCUAAUGGAGCACGUAUAACGUGUAUAUUCUGUCAACGUGUGAUUUUCUUAGACCACAAAACAAAAAUACAAAGAUAAAAAGAGGAAGUACCAAACUUGAUACAUCUCUGCACCAUUGUUGCACUUUUAUUCUUUAGUCGUUUUGAGAAGCUUCAAAUCAUACUACCUGUAAUCUAAGUUAUUCAGUGUCGUGCAGAUGUCUGAAACACUUUCAGAGUUUAUUCAUGUUUCAGUCUAUUACCCCAUCUGCAUUUGCAAUUCUUGGAAAUUUGACAUUUCGUUUUAACUUGGAUUAAGCGUAUAAAAUCGGUACCAUUUAUCUUAGCUGCUGCCGAGUAGCAGCACUCGAUCAGAGAUCUGAAUGUCUCUGAAAGUGAAUAAGCUCAGUUUUAGUUACUUGCAGAAAUAGUUCAAUGUGAUGAAAGCUAAUGGAGGCAUCUCUUGAAUCCUGCUUUUUUUCCCCCACUUCAUGUGCUUCUGCUUUGUUCGAAUAACACCACCUUUAAUAUGACGCGUUUGUUUUCUUCAGAAGUCGAAAAAAUGUUGAGCUUAUGUUUGGAAUUUUUUUUCCACAUUCUUUUUAUUUUAUGAUAUUUUUCAGCAUCAAUGUUAUAUUCAUCCUGUUUUAACGGGAUGUCAAGUGUUUACAAUGGCAUUGACAUAAAAUGGUGAAACUUGAAUCUUAAAAUUAAAAUUGCUCAUCACGUCAGUCUAUUUUACAGUCCAGCUUUGCAAGGGUGACUUUGUUUUUUUGUUUUUUUCUUUUCUGGUCUGUUCUGAAUCAAGACUUGAAAAAAGUAACUUGUCCCCUGAUUUUAAAAUCCAGUGUUUGUAUCACUGUCUCCUCGGUAGUGGAUGAGAAAUGUGCAGACCAAUCAAUAAAGUAGAACAGAGCUCCACCUCUCUGAAACAAACAGCGCUGUA